CACGCAACCUCACAAUCUCAUCCCAAAUUCUCCCCCAAUCUCUCUCUCUCUCUCUAGAAUUUCUCCUUUUGCAGCCAUGGAGAUGGAGCGCGUGACCGAGUUUCCGAUCAUGCAACUCGACCGGCGGCCGCGGAAGCGGGCUCGAUUGGGCUGGGACGUCCUCCCGGAGGUCUCUAAGGUAAUAUAAUUUUCCGAUCUCGGAUUUAUUAGAUCGCGAAGACUUUUUUUGUGUUUCGUUUCUGUUUUUCUAGAUCUCGACCAGGUUAGAUCCCUUAUCGAAUCAGGUAUGGGACGGAUUUUUUCUUCGCAUGUUGUGUCCGUGGUGUUGAAAUCGUUUUAAUAGCAGAUUUGUUAGGGUUUUCAUGUAUUUUUGAAUCGAAUUCCUAGUUUUUGAAUGUCAGGAGUUGAGAUCUAUGAUUUCUAAAUUGGAUCUGGAUAUCUGAUACCUGGUGUAAGAGUUGCAUAUAUGAACGAUCUUUUUAUGUUUUUUAUUAUGGUUUAGUUAUUACAGGAUGUCUGGAUCCAUGACAAAUAGGUUUGUUUGAAGCAGAUGUGCAUAUUAUUCCUAGUGUGUUACUGAUAAAUACUCCUAUGUGAUGUAAUUAAAUGCAGUUUAAACGAAAUUUUGAACCUUACAAGAUAUAUGUUCCUGUUUUCUUGUGUGAAUUUGAGAAAUCUGGAGCCCAUACUGCUUAAUACUUUGUUGUUUGCUUUGAAUUUUUUAUGAUAUCAUUUGUUUACUUUUUUCUCAAGACAUAAAUCCCAAUAAUCUGUAAGGUUAAAAUAACACUUUAUAUGGAGGAAAACAUGAAUGGAGUACCUGUGUGUAGGCUCAGCUAGGUUUGUUUUGUGGGCAAGAGGUUGGGAGUGUGGCAAGCUAUGCACCUUCAAGGCAACCCUCCGACUUUUCUAGUUCCCUUUUUGUUAAGGGUGUUACUCGAAAUGGUUCUCCCCCAAGGAGAGAAGAUGACAAAGAUGGGCAUUAUGUGUUUGAGCUUGGAGAAAAUAUAACUUCACGCUGUAAUAAUCUCCUACUAUGAUUGCGAUAAGAUUAGAAUUUAUGUCGUCAUGGAAAUUUAAUUUAAAUAAUAUGGAAUGCAUACAAAAGGGGGAAUAGGUCUUUUCAUCGUUUCUAUCUUUAAUUCUGUUUCUGCUCUAACUUUUUUUUGGUUUCCACGUUGCUCAAUUUUCAGAUAAGAUUCACAGCAAAAUGGGUGAAGGCACUUUCGGACAGGUGCUUGAAUGUUGGGACCGAGAAAGGAAAGAAAUGGUUGCCAUUAAAAUUGUUCGUGGGUUGAAGAAGUACCGUGAUGCAGCUAUGAUUGAAAUUGAUAUGCUUCAACAGCUUGGUAAACAUGAUAAAGGGGGCAAUCGGUAAGUCUAGUGCUUUAUACAUGCAUUAAUGUUCCUAUUGAACGUUUUGCCUCUAUUUUGGCAGUGGUUGAAUUUGUUUGUUCCUUGCAGUUGUGUUCAAAUACGGAACUGGUUUGACUAUCGUAACCAUGUUUGUAUUGUAAGUAUAUAGUUGGUUAAUGGAUUAACUUCCCCAACUAACAAAUGUUACGGGGAUUAAAAUUGUGGAUGAACUUUAAAUGAUAACAGGUCUUUGAGAAGCUUGGACCAAGCUUAUACGAUUUUCUAAGGAAAAACAAUUACCGCUCAUUUCCUAUUGACCUUGUCCGUGAGAUUGGAAGACAACUGUUGGAAUGUGUAGCAUUCAUGCAUGAUUUGCACCUCAUCCACACUGAUUUGAAACCAGAGAACAUCCUCCUCGUAUCUCCUGACUAUGUCAAGGUUCCUGAUUACAAGUACUCUUCGAGAUCAGCCAAAGACAGUUACUAUAAGAGAGUCCCAAAAUCUAGUGCUAUAAAAGUCAUUGAUUUCGGGAGCACAACAUAUGAUAAUGACAAUCAAUCCUAUAUCGUUUCCACACGUCAUUACCGGGCACCUGAAGUCAUUCUAGGUCUUGGGUGGACAUAUCCCUGCGAUAUAUGGAGUGUUGGAUGCAUCCUUGUAGAGCUAUGCUCGGGUGAAGCUCUAUUCCAAACCCACGAAAAUCUAGAACAUCUAGCAAUGAUGGAGAAGGUACUCGGUCCUAUGCCAUCUUCAAUGUUGAAGAGAGUAGACCGGAGUGCAGAGAAGUAUGUACGAAAGGGAAUGUUGGAUUGGCCCGAGGGUGCAUCAUCAAGAGACAGUAUCAGAGCUGUACAGAAAAUGCCUAGGCUUCAGAACCUGGUCAUGCAACACGUUGACCAUUCAGCCGGGGACCUUAUCAGUCUUUUGCAAGGGCUUCUCAGAUAUGACCCUACAGAGAGGCUCACGGCCCGCCAAGCAUUGCAUCACCCCUUCUUCUCAAGGGAUCGUCUGAGGAGAUAAUACCAAAGGAUAUGAUUUUCUCUUCACGCGUUUCCCACACGAGACUGGUCUUAAUGAAUGCUGCAACUCCGAUGCGUUAAGCCCGAAAGUGACAUUCUCAAUACAGUCCAGUUGGGGGUUUCUGAUCUGGUUUGUAAAUUAGAUUUACCCAUUUAGUUUUCCUUUGGAGUAGAGAAGUGCCGGUUAUGCGCCAUUAUUUGUGUGGUUAGAGUUUUAAGAGGGGAAUUGCAUUGAAAUGUGAAAUUUGUAGACAAGUGGGGAGGUGCAAUUUAGCCUUUGUGUCUUCCAAUUGUAUUUGUUAUAAGCGAAUCGUUGAAACUUCCUCGGUUUCUCCCCUGUAUCAAUCAAAUGAAAUUUGGUGUUUUGC